AAUUCUUCAGAUUGAAUUUUUAGUAAAAUAAACAAUUUCACUCUAACGAGAUUUCAGUUUGCAAUUUUAACCAUUUUUUUACUUUUUUUAAUAUUUUUUUUUUCUUUUUUGUCGACUUGGUAUUCCAUUCCAAUUAAUUUCGCAUUUUAUGCACCAAAAUUAUGCCGCAAAUUGCUGGUGGAUUACAACUUAUAGCCAAAAAUGCCGUCACCAAAAGACUCUCAUUCCGAUCGUUGAAGGACAUACGAAGAUUUCGAAUAACGAGUAGUGUAAUCAGUUCAAGGGGCAGAGAAUCGGUUCGACCUCAUCCAGUUGUGAGCUUUAAGCGGCGAGUGAAAUUGUUUGCGGUGAAAUUGGCAAUUAGAAAAGCGAUAAGUAAAUUAGUGUUCAUGGAGGAUGUGGAAAGAGGCAAAUUGGGCACUUUCACUUAUACGGAUUGUCCGGAGAAAAUAUUCAGUUGGAUGUACGAGGAUUGGUUGGAUACGCUGGCGUAUAGAAUAAUAUGGCUGAAUAUGAUUAAUCGCCAAAUGCCGCUCAAGGAGUUUACGUGUUGGAUGAAAUUAAAGAAUUUGACAUCGCUACGGAAUUGUCUGCUUGAUCUGAGCAAUGUCUACUUAUAUCAGAAGGGUUGGUCGACGACAAUGGAGGCAAUGGAAUCUGUUAUUAAAUUCCACAACUUGGAGAAUAAUAUCAAAGUGGACAUAAACAAGCGUACGCUGAUGAAUAAUAAAGUGAAAACGGAAUUCAAUGCUUUAUUGUUCCUGAUGAGAACGCUCGGCUCAUUGACUAAGAAGCCCGAGGAUUUGUUUCUGACUGCCACAAUUGAAAAUAAGCAUGUGCUGGACGCCGCUAAAGUAAGAGAGGAAAUGGCGGAACUGCAUAUUCGGUUUAUAGAGAAGAGGCUGGAGAAAGAGAUACAGCGCAUUCAGAAACGCUUUAAAGAGGAACAAUUCGCUACGACUUGCACAACCGAUACCUAUUUCAAUCAAAUAGCCAACCUUCGCGAACGUAUUGCAAAGUUAACGCAACGUUAUGAUGCCAAAUACGCUCAACUAGAAGGCAACGCGACAUAUUUGAAGACAAAUAUCGACAAGAUAAACGCAAAUCGCGCUUACUUGCAGGAACAGUUAGAUUGGUAUAAGCAGGCUCUCAGCUCAAGUGAUCCACCUUCCCGCCCAACUGAAAGCCCACGUCUAUCAAUUCUUAUGAAAAACUUACCGUUAAUUCAAAAAUCACGUCGCGGUAUAUCACCGUGGAUAAAAUAUCAGAAGAGCGAUUCGGUCACCGAUACUAGUGCAGCGGCGCUCAAGAGGAAAUCGCCACGCUCCAGAACAAGGCGAAAGAAGGACUCUCAGUUAUCAAUUCAAGAAAAAGAAGAAGUUUGAAAAAUUGUA